GCUACUCCGGGGUGAUACGCGGCAUGUGACGUCAGCAGCAGACAGCUUGUGUUUUGAUGAGACUUGACAGCUACCAAAAGUGUUUUAUUUUAUGAACCACAGCCCCCGUCAGUAGCAGACAUGGAUGGAGAUCUUAGCGAGGGAGGAAUGCAGUCUGUCGCCCUGAAUGAUGGGUCAACCUGCGGAGAGAACCAGCCUUUAGCGGGCGUUCCCAUGCCCAAUGCCAUACCAAAUUCAGGGAUACAACAGCUUCCCGCCACUUCCCCCACACAGCCCAUCCCCACACCUCAGGCUCGACCAACGUCCCUCCCACAGUACCCUCACAACCCAGGGUCAGCCUACACCUCGCCCAAUAGUGCGAGUAGUCCUGAAUACGGCAAUAAGUGGGACUGUUAUAUCUCGCCGUUUCCAGCCAUGUCGCCUAUUCCAUUAGCUACGCCAACAACCCCCGGCACAGAAAAUGGAGCCGCCGUCGUCCGUACAGGGUCUAGUAAAAUGGAAACGAUUAAGUCCUGGUCCAUUUCCACAUACAAGUGCACCAAACAACUCUUAUCUGAGAAGUUAGGAAAAUCAUCUCGGACGGUAGAUGCAGGUGAGUAA